AUAAAACAUAAUGUUAUAAAAUUUUUUAAAUUGUAAUAAUAAUAUGACGUGGAAUCCUUUAAGGAAAAAUCAUUUGACACAAAGACCUACACCUGCACCACCUCUAUUUUCUCAUUCAGAAGACAGAGAAUUAGAUAUUGCAGUUCAAAAACUCAUUUGUAUUGAAGAUACAAUUAGGAAAUUAACAAAGGAAAUGAAAAAAUAUAUAGAAGCUGUAAUAAAUCUAGAUCGAGCGGAUCAAAGAUUAACAUUAAACUUAACAACUUGUGGUUUAGCACAUCUUAAUGAUGAAUUUAGAAAAGUUGUGGAAAAUUAUCAUUCUGUUACAACACAGAUUGGAAAAACCGUGCAAGAAAUGGCAAUUCUAUGUCAAAAAACUUUCAUAGAACCUUUAAAAAAAUUACGAGAUGAAUUCAUUUUAAUAGCUGCAGCAAUAACUAAACGCGAAGAAUUGGUAACUACUUGGAAAUAUUCUUAUAAUCGUGUCAAAAAAUUACAAGAGAAAAAAGAUAGAACUGCUAAUCAUAUCGCAAAAUUAGAAAGAGAACGUAGAGCUGAAGAAACAGCUGCUAAGGAAUUAAAAGCUGUUCAUGCUCAAUUACUUGUAGAAUUACCUAUGUUUUUAGACAAAAGAUUAGAAUACAUCAAACCUAGCAUACAUGCCCUAAUCAUGAUACAAUUAGAUUACUAUGGAAGCACAACACAUUUAUUCACACAUUUAAUGCCAAUACCAAAUGCUUCAGAAUCACCAUCUAGUGCUAUGAUACCUGAAAAUGAAUACCAACAAGCCAUGGCUAACCAAAUAAAUAGAAUAAGAGGUCUUACAAUUGUUAAAGACCAUUAAAAAUUAUAAGAAUUUUUCAAAUGAGUAUUUUACAAAAAUUACAAUAAUUUACAUGUUAAAGGAAUCGAAUU